GGUUCCACUGUGACAACUUACCCCAGUGUGAUAACAUGCCCCUCUUUGGGGCAACAUGUGUGUUUUAAUGUGCAUAACACUGGUAACAUUAAAUAUCAUUUUUGUAAGAUAAAUGCUUUUAUAAGAAGAAAACAUUAAACCCACCCCAAUACAUACUAGUGUCAAAAUUCAUUCACAAAAUGUGAUAUUCACUGUUCAACAGCUCCUGGCUCGCCCAUUUUUCCCUUACAGCCAAUCCCACGCCAUCAUUCGUCAAGCGGAUUACCUAAAGCCUAGAAGGAAGAGAUGUUCCCGCAAACCAGAUAGCUGUUUGGGUUAUAGUGAUGAUGGUGGAUUAAGUGAGUACAAUUCAAUACGCGUGUCAGAUAGUGCGUGUCCAUAGUAACAGCACCUACAAACGCACCAUCAUCGUAUUUACCUCAAUGCUGCAAAUGCUGAAGCACUGAGAAACCUCGAGCCUUUUAGGAGACUAAACGCUGAGAUAAUCGCACCACACCUUUUCCAAGCCUGUAUCUGGUGCUCAUAAACGCUCCCUUAGCAUCGGGUGUGUGUGGAAAAAUUGCGCACCGAUGCUGUUUUCUCAGGGGGACAGUCGAUGGCCAAUGAUGUCAGUGACGUGGAGACAACGGAGCAUCUGAGCAUUAACUUCAACAACUGCUGCUGAGCUUUCAUUUACGAACCAGCUAUUCAUUCAUCUAUCGUGUCGAUAUAAAACAGACUGCGUUGUCGUUGUGUGCUCGAAUGAUGUGAUCUACAACGUUGGAGAAUAUUAACGUAGGGCGCGUGGAUGCGUAAUGCUGUCCGGCUGGCCCGUUAGUCGAACCUGACACCAUCGACAUGCUGCCGGGCUCGAUACAGAUCACGGGAGAGGCGCUGUCUGCGGCUGAGAUCAAGGAUAUAUGUGAAAGUCUGAAGGAGAACAGUGUGAGACUGCUGUCUGUACGCGGCUGUCAGCUGUCCGAUCGAGACUUCGGCCGCGUGUGUCGUGGCGUGGCAGAGUCUCACUCUCUCGCGCAGUUAAACCUGAACCUCGGCGUGGUGUCCACCAUCGGACGGACGAAGCAGCUGGCAGAUGCAUUAAAAGCUAACAGAUCCAUUCAGACCUUAUUUCUACAUGGGAGUCCACUUUUGGAUACAGGACUGGUCACUCUGAAUGGAGCUCUUUCCACUCACCCCUCACUGGUGUCCUUGGAUUUGGGGGACUGCAUGCUGGGAGAUGAAGCUGUACGGCUCAUUUGUGGUAUGCUGCCUCCGGACGGAGCCAAAUCGGGUCUCAAGGAGCUCACACUGAGUGCCAACCCAGCCAUCAGUUCUCAGGGUUGGGCUCGACUGGCCAUCGCCGUCGCUCACAGCUCACAGUUACGGGUCCUCAACCUCGACUACAAUCCAUUAGGGGAUCAGAUUGCAGGAAUGUUGGCUGUCGCUGUUGCCUCCAGCAGAACUCUGGAAGUUUUGGAUUUGGAGGGAACUGGACUCACCAAUCAGUCGGCACAGGUCUUCCUAGACAUGGUUGAGAACUACCCCACCAGUUUGCGCGUGCUGGUUCUAUCUGAGAACGACAUCAGCCCGGAGCUGCAGCAGCAAAUCUCCGAUCUGCUUUCAGAGGGAGAAGAGGAAGAAGAUAAAGACGGAGAAGCCCGCGGUAGCUCCGUAACGCCCAGGGAUAAAGGCGCCUGGGUUCCUCACAGCACAACUGCUUCUAAGAGGCUGAGGCACAAGGGAAGUACAGAAACUCACAUUUCUCAUGCAAUAUUUAGGCGAGAUCAUGUACUUAUGAAAUAGAACGGCCAGGUUGUGAAUUGUUCUCUGUCCUGUAUAUUCUGAAGUUUUUAGAUGUAAGAUUAGAAUUUAAAGAGACAGUUCCCCCAAAAAUGAACGAAUCUGUUAUAUCCCUCAUGUGGUUUCAAAUCAUACAUUUGUAAAAAAAAAAUUUCUCAAAAAUGGCUGCUGACUUCUUGCACCGAUGACAUCAUUUGAAGCCAGAGUUUGUGCAGUAGUGAUCAUGAGAUGGUGCCACUGUAUCAAGGCCCCGCCCACUUUCAACAUUUAAUUUAAUCACAAACGCACAAAUCAAUUUGUUAAUCACAUCUAAUAAUCAGGAUAAACCAAACUUAUUAGAAAAAACAUUUAAAGGGGACAUAUCAUGAAUAUCUGACUUUUUUCAUGUUUAAGUGCUAUAAUUGGGUCCCCAGUGCUUUUAUCAACCUAGAAAAUGUGAAAAAGUUAAACCGAGUAACUUAAUUUUGAUAAACCAUUCUCUGCAAACAUGUAAAAAAUGUGUCAUUAGCCUCUUUCAUACAGUAAUUACGGUAAAUUACCGUGAAUUUACCAUAAUGAAUUUACCAGUAAAUACAAAAAUGUGCUGUUUACACAUGCAGUGAGGUUUCGUCUUUUUACCAGUAAGAUGUCAUUCAAACAUCAGUAUCAAAAUACCGGUAAACUCGGGGGGAAAGCUUAUCUGUGGCACGCGACCGGUGAGCUCAGUGUUGUUUUUGUAAACAAUGACGGGUUAUGUCUUCAUAUCCACGGUCCGUAUUUUGAUGUUUUCACAUCUGUGGCAAACGCUGAUGUUCGCGAAGUUGCUUGUGACCAAACAACAUUGCGUUAGGCGGCGUCAAACGAAACCUGCGUCUUAAACAGCAGUACUGUUUCCACAUUAGGCUUUAGGGUGUGCAAAAAAAAGGGUGUGCUAGGGACGUCAGCAAUUUGGCAAAUAGAUGGUAAGCUGUUUUAAACAACUUUGGUGAAGAAAUGUGGAUGUUAACUUCAGGUGUGCUCAACGACAGCGUGUGUGUGGAAAAAUCCGUAAACAGUGUGGGGGUAAACGCGUCAUCUGUAUCAAAACGUUAUGAUUGGCCUGAAGCUGUCCGCGCGGUCUGAUGCCGCUAAUCUAUAUAUUUUAUUCACACAUAGCACUAACUGGUAAAUUACUAGGAAAUCUUACAACCUCUCUUACUGGUAAAUUGGCAGAACUGAUUUACCGGAAAGGUUCUGUUCACUUCACACAUGACCUAUUAACUGCAAUUUACCAGUAAAUUAUCGGUAAAGACUGUAUGUGUGAAAGGGACUAUUGAAAUCUCUCCUUGUGAUGUCAGAAGGGGAUAACACCGCCCCUUAAUCUGUACUAUCCAAUCAUGGAACUGCAGAGAUCAGCUCAUUUCCAUUUUAAAGGACACACCCAAAACGGCAGAUUUUUGCUCACACCUACAAAGUGUCAAUUUUAAAAUGCUAUAAUAAAUUAUCUAUAUGAUGUUUUGAGCUAAAACUUCACAUACAUAGUCUGGGGACAAAAAAAUUAUUUUACAUUUUUAGAAGUCUUGUGAAAUGUCCCCUUUAAAGGUGCAGUGUGUGAUUUUUAGAAGGGUCUCUUGACAGAAAUGCUAAAUAUUAUACAAAGCUAUUUGAUCUGGGGUGUAUAAAGACCGUUCUUUAUGAACCGUUAUGUUUUUAUUACCUUAGAAUGAGACGUUUUUAUCUACAUACACCGAGGAUCCCCUUACAUGGUCAUUUUGUGCCACCAUGUUUCUACAGAAGCCCUUAACGGACAAACUUUUUUACUAAGUUGUCUCAGACGAUGACAUGUUUGUCUGGUGGUGGCUAACGUAGCUUCUCUGUGCGUUUCAAAAGUGAGCAUUGGACUAAGCCGUUGGUUGCAAUGCGCAACCAUCACACUGCACCUUUAAACGUACUUCAGUAUGAUGCGAUAUAAUUAACUCUUUAACCACCAGUGUUUUUUUAAAAGUUGCUUUCUUAAAACAAAAAAACAAAAACAUUUCAUCCUUUUUUCAUUAGGUUUCUUCAAAAAUUAAAAUUUUGAGGACAAAGCUGAGAUAAUUGCAUUUUUGUAAUUUAUUUAAGAUCAGAUUCAGAGCGAUGAUCACAGAGAGCUUUUACUGUUUUUGGAUUAGUGAAUGCUCCAUGUUUAAUAAAUUGGGAAAAAGCGCCACCUAGUGGAAAAUAGUGGAACUUUGGCUUGUUGUAAAAACUCGUCAUUGGCAGGGAAAGACUUAAAAUCACAGAAACCAUCUCUGCCAAAAAUGUAUUUAAAGUGUAAUUUAAUUAAGUUUGGCUCACAUUCCAUUUGUUUACAUGGAGAGGGCGGGGCUUUAUGACCUUUGCUGCAGCCAGCCAACAGGGGGCGAUCAAAAUGUUUUAGCUUCAAUUUUAAGACGCAUGUGGCACCCCAUUCCAAACCUGUAUGACUUUCUUUCUUCUACUAAACAUAAAAGGCUAAUGGGUCUGUCAUGCUAAAUAUAAAAAGCUUUUCGAAGAUUUGAAUCAAUUGAACCUAUUGCUGCGCAAAAUGAAGCGUUAAAACACCAAAGACGCUGACAACAGCUGCGGGUCAAAAUAGUGGCAACGAAAUCUAUGCCCAAACAUUUUGCAAAUAUGUUUAAAAAAUCAUAAAUAUUAAUGUUAUUGUGGUAUGCCAAUUGUUAUUUACAUAUCAUAGACCUUUUCAAAUUCUCAAAAUCAAAUGAGGGGCAAACACAAUAGACAUAUUUUAUUUUAUUAACAUUCAUGAUGAAACUGACUGACCUGAAAUUGGUGAAACCAUAGUAGACACUGAUUCAUGAGUUCACUUUGAGGUCAACACCCCCAUCAAAGUUUCGAAACACAUAACAUUGAAAUGACAUAACGAACCCUUGUUUGCUAAAAUUAUGUGUGUGUGUGACCCUGCCUGUGAAAACCAAGCUGAAGGAUUUGGAAGAACAUGAGGUUGAAUAAAUAUUGAGAUUUCAUUUUUGGGUGAACCGUGCCUUUAAGAAAGACUCUUUAGUAGACAAAGACUAGGUGUUCAAAGGUAUAACCUCUUCCUGUCCUCUUUAUGAUUGUUAAUUUGAAACAUUUACCAAAUUGUCUCUGACCCUUCCAGACUCUUCCAGCGCCCAGAUGGUCCUGAUGUCAUCAGGACUGGGUGAGAGCUAUUUGGCAGAGACAGAGAUGUGAUACAGGAGCUGCCUAUGUUUUAUGCUUGCACUGUACGACUACUGCAAGACCACCAGAUAGUGUGUAACCUCUCACACCGCAUGACCUGUAGCACUUAGCGCAAGACAGCUGGAACAAAAACCUUAAACACCAAGUGACUUAUACUACGCAAUAGUGAAUUAUUUAUUUUCCAGAUGUACAGUCUAUUUAUAAAUGAAUAUUUAACCAAUACCAGUAUACUCUGAUAGUUCAGCUGUAUAGGGUUGAUGUGAUGGCCUGAUGUCUGAAUAAAUCAGUUUACAUCUUUUUAAAUGGGUUGUUGUAUUUUGUUUGUGUUUGUGUGUGUGU